AUGGCGGAAGCACUCGGCUUGGCGACAAGCAUCAUCGUCGUCGUCGAUAUGACAACCAAGGUCGGCAGUGCCUCGUUCAAGCUCAUGCGACUCUGGAAGGAAGUCAAGGAAGUCCCGGUCAUGCUUCUGGAGAAAACUGAAUGGAUCAAAGACCUCGAAGAGUUUCUCGACGAUACCGAAAGUCAAAUAGCCCAAAAUCAGCUCCCCAAAGCAGUUUACGAUAUGGCUCGCUUGCAGAAGCACAUCGCCAAAGCCCAAUGUGCGCUGAACGACGUCCAAGAGAUGGUCGACCACUUGCAGGCCAAAGUCAAUGCUGACCAACAGGGCUUCAAGCGGAAGUUUGCAUCGACCAAAGUGCUCCUUCGAAAGGACGAAUGGAAUACUCUGGAAAAAAGCCUCGACUCGGCACUGUAUCUUUUUUCGAUAACACAGACACAGUACUUGGUGUAA